CGGAGUGGAUGACAGGAGAGAAAGAGAGAGAGAGAGAGAGAGAGAGAGAGAAAGAGAGAGCGCUGUUUCGGAGUCGACAUGCUGCUGUCGUGUUCUGAACCUUCACGUGUAGGUGGGGUUCGCUGGUAAACAAGCCGGUAGGAACCGACCGAGCCUUUUCGGGGCGGAGAGUCGAAGAGAGAAAGAGAGAGGAGAGAGAGAGAGAGAGAGAGAGAGAGUCAUUCAGGGUUCGCCUGCUCCGCCGGUGGGGGGGAGUGGGGGAGGACACACUCACUGCCAGCCCGGGCGACGAGGUUGGGCCUGCAGCCCAGGAAAACAUGGAGCUCGAGAAUAUCGUGGCCAACACCGUUCUCCUGAAGGCGAGGGAAGGAGGGGGUGGCAACCGAAAAGGCAAGAGCAAGAAGUGGAAACAGAUGCUUCAGUUCCCUCACAUAAGCCUCUGUGAGGAGCUCCGCCAAACUAUAGAGAAGGACUACAACAGCCUUUGUGAGAGGCAGCCAAUCGGGCGCAUGCUCUUUCGGCAGUUCUGCGAUACCAGGCCGGAGCUGAAGCGCUGUGUCAGAUUUUUGGAUGCCGUGGCUGAGUAUGAAGUAACCCCGGAUGAGAAGAGGAAGGAAUGUGGACAGGAAGUCCUCGACAAGUAUCUUAAUCCAAAGUCAGAGGACCAUGUCCCUGAAGUGGCAGAGGAGAUGAUUUCUAAAUGUGCAGAACGCUUGGAACAGGAGGCCUGUAAAGAACUCUUCAUGGAGUGUACCAAACUGAUCCAUGACUACCUGAGCGUGGCCCCCUUCGCAGACUACCUCGACAGCAUGUUCUUCAACCGCUUCCUACAAUGGAAAUGGCUCGAAAGACAACCAAUUACAAAAAACACAUUCCGUCAGUACAGGGUAUUGGGGAAGGGCGGGUUUGGUGAGGUCUGCGCAUGCCAGGUGCGUGCCACAGGGAAGAUGUAUGCCUGCAAGAAGCUGGAGAAGAAAAGGAUCAAAAAGAGAAAAGGCGAGUCCAUGGCCCUGAAUGAGAAGCAAAUUCUAGAAAAGGUCAACAGUCGGUUCGUAGUAAGUCUCGCGUACGCCUACGAGACCAAAGAUGCCCUGUGCUUGGUGCUCACACUGAUGAACGGGGGAGACCUGAAGUUUCAUAUCUACCACAUGGGGGAGGCUGGCUUUGAGGAGAAGAGAGCAGUCUUCUACGCUGCUGAGAUCUGCUGUGGCCUGGAAGAUCUCCACAGAGAGAGAAUAGUCUACAGGGAUUUGAAGCCGGAGAACAUAUUAUUGGAUGACCAUGGUCACAUUCGCAUAUCAGACUUGGGCCUGGCUGUGCAUGUACCAGAUGGCCAAACAAUCAAAGGCCGUGUGGGCACUGUGGGCUAUAUGGCCCCAGAGGUGGUGAAAAAUGAACGGUACACCUUCAGUCCAGACUGGUGGGCGCUGGGCUGUCUGCUAUAUGAGAUGAUCGAGGGCCAGUCUCCUUUCCAGCAGCGCAAGAAAAAAAUCAAGCGAGAGGAAGUGGAACGGCUUGUCAAAGACGUGGAGGAAGAGUAUUCCAGCAAGUUCUCCGAAGAUGCCAAGUCCCUUUGUAAAAUGCUGCUGGCCAAAGACCCCAAUGAGAGACUUGGCUGUCAGGGAGGAGCCUCGGAGGUAAAGGCUCACGCCCUCUUUCGCUCCAUCAAUUUUAAGCGGCUAGAGGCUGGCAUGCUGGAAGCCCCUUUCAUUCCUGAUCCUCAGGCCAUUUACUGUAAGGACGUUCUGGACAUCGAGCAGUUCUCCACCGUGAAGGGGGUAGAGCUGGAACCCAAAGACGACUCCUUCUACAGCAAAGUGUCCACAGGCAGUGUGACUAUCCCCUGGCAAAAUGAGAUGAUUGAGACAGAGUGUUUUAAGGAACUCAACGUGCUGAACCUGGAUGGCACUCUACCCCCAGACCUGGACUGGAGAGGCCAGCCCUCACCGCCACCCAAACAGGGCCUGCUGCAGAGACUCUUUGGGAGACAGGACUGCUGUGGAAACUGCAGCGACAGUGACGAGGAGCCCACGCGGCUGUGAGGGGUGUGUGUCCGACCCAGGCUCCUCCCCAUCCAACUGAGGAUCUCAUUUGUUUACAAUUUUUGCACAUUUGUAUUUUUAAGAUAGCUCUAUAUAAACAUUGGAAUGUAUAUUUUCACUAUAUAGCCAUGCAGUCUAUAUGUUAUUUAAGGUCGACGAAACUAAAAGACAGCAAAAAGGGUCACGAAUACCGUCCAUCAUUUGCAAAGUACUGCAAUGACAGGUAAGUCAACACUGUUCAAGACUCAAAGCCUGACUGACCCAAAUAGCCCUCUUCAUGUUAAAAGCCUGUGUCAUAGCCUCCUCGCGCCUUUUCUUUCUUCUUUUUUUUCUUUUUCUUUUAUGGUGUUUUCUUUUUUUUUUCUUCUUUAACUGAUUACUGAUUCUCAUAGAUGUACAGUGUGUGCUCAGACAUUGUUUUAAACAAGGGCGAAAGAAGGAUUAAGUAUGUUCACACAUAUUUUUAUAUUUAUAUUUUUGAUUUUAUUUUUCUUAAUAGUAAACUUGACAAUCAAAUGAUACCAUUUGUACAAAAACCUUGGGAGGGGUUCCAAACACAGACACAUGAAAUGACAGAACAUGUACGAAUUUGAAUAUUUUGGCCUAAAGUCUCAAAUGUAUAGGGUUAUUUCAGCCUGAGACACCUAGUAAACCAAAAAGGCGUGAUUUGAAAGAGUUAAAGUGCAUAUUGUAUAUGUUGACAACUGCAGCCAAUUGUGUCAUGUUGUAAAUAUGCGACACUCAUCUGUAAAGCCCUGAGUGUGUCUUCCUGCUAAUUUCUCUUUGGAUAUUUGAGGAAAAAUAACACAUGACUAGUGUUCAAAGUGGCCCACAUGUGCAUGGUCAGUCUAUGCAUAAACCGUUUUGCAUUUAUAAUGCAUUUAUCAUUUUUCAUUUAUCACGUAGUUCUGUGAUUGAAGUAAUUUGUUUUAUUAUCAGACUAUGUGCUGAUAGGUCGCCACCAUUGAUAGGCGCAUAUAUGGAAAUCAGUUUGUUAUCAUAAUGCAUUAUAGGUGUGAUUAUGUGGCUAUGAGUAGAUUUAUCAUGCAUAAUGUCAUAGGCUGUUGAAAGGUUUAUUGCUGCUUUUCCACAUUUGGGUCAAAUGAAUGAAAACCAGAAAAAAAUUUCUUUCACUUGCCAAAAAAAAGAAAAUUACCUUUUUUACAUGCAUUGCCUGCAGUCAGGUUAAGUGGCUAGUUUCUAGGCUUUAACUCUGAUGGCCUCUUGUAGAUUUGACCUCUUGAUGCACUUAAGACCAAACCACUUUAAUUUUGUCCUCCAUCUCCAUGGAAGGUGCCUUUGAUGUUUUAAGGUACUCUUGUAAUUAGCAUUUUUAUAUGGAAAAUCGUGACAGACUUCAUGUUAUUGUUUGAGUUGGCUUCGCUCUUUGCACAUACGCCCUCUUCCUUCGCUGUUGUUUUACCUCAUCUGUGUCCUGUGGAUGUCCAUUCUUGAUCCAAGACUUUUGUGUUUUUUUUGUUUUUUUUUUUGUUUUUUUUUUGAACAUUUGGACAAGUUGCUACAUCUCGAUGCAAGAGAGAUGGCUUUGAGUCCUUGGAGGCCUGACUUGAACUUUUGGCUCGACUCUUCAACCUACCUAUCCAUCGAAAUCUGAGAACGCUUUGAAGGAGGCCCCAAACGGAAUGGGCCUUUACCUCAAUGGAGGCGACUUCCUGUCAAUCUGCUCUAUCCCUCCUCAUCCCGCAGCUUACCUUUUUCCGCUCUUCUCCGAUACACUCAAGUACAUUCCAGUCUCUACCGUACUGUACAGUUGUAAAAUUGUUUCAGAAUUUUUUUUUCUGUUUUAUUUAGCAAUAACGGGGUUUUUAAAAUCUAACUACCACAUACAUGUGUAAAAAGUGAACGACACCACAGAAACUAGAGCAAGACUGAACUUCAUGUGACUCUUGUUGAUCUGUCCCUGAGCCAGGCUUUAACACUGUGAAGGAGGAGAUUUGCUAAUUUCUGUCACAGUUGUAUAUUAUUAUUUUAUUUUUCCUCUUACGCGAUGCACUGAUGUAUUUCUGUUGUGUACAUAUUAAGUGUUCUAAGUAUGUGCGGAUGCCUAAAUGCUGUGUGUGUGCUUGUGUGCGUGCGUGCGUGUGUGCGGAUGUACGUGCGCUUAUGUUUGCGCUGCAUGUGCCCAUAUUGUUCAUCAUAACCACUAGCUGAUGCCAUUAUGUUACGCCCCUAUAUACGUGAAAAUGUUACCAUGUUACUGCUGAGGGAGCUUUGGGUUUUUUUUUAGCUUUGGGGAAAGUUGAACAUGUGUUAGUACUCAUCAUUUCACAUAUCUUCUACAUAAUUCAUUUUUACCUCAUCAGGAGUGAACGGAACUGAGUGCGACCAAUCGAAAAGUGCUGAAAAUAAAGACUCCUCCUUAAAUCAGUA